AUGACUCCUACUACGCAGAAGGCUCUAGUCCUCCCAGCUAUCAAAGGAGAAUGGGUCGUCAGUGAAGUAUCCGUGCCCACUCCCGGCCCCAAAGAGGUCUUAGUCAAGAUCAUCGCUGCAGGGCUCAACCCGGCCGAUUGGAAGAUUCAAGCAUACGGUAUCGAAUGGGUCCCAUACCCUUUCAUCGGGGGGUCGGACGCCGCCGGCGUCGUCGAAGAGGUUGGCGCGGAAGUCACAAACCUGACCAAGGGAGACAAAGUCUUUUACCAGGCCUGGUUCAACACCCGCAAGUCAGCGUUCCAGCAAUACGGCAUAGUACCUGCCGAGAUUGCCGCUAAGAUUCCAGAUAACAUAACUUUUGACCAAGCGGCAUCGAUCCCUCUUGGGCUCAAUACGGUCGCCAUUGGGCUGUACAACCACACCCCGAACACAAAGAGCGUGGACUAUCCCGCUCCUUGGGAACAGGGCGGCACAACGAAGUUCGCCGGGAAACCCGCAUUCGUCCUCGGAGGCUCGUCCACCGUGGGCCAGUACGCCAUUCAGCUCGCGAGGCUUUCCGGGUUCUCACCCAUCAUCACAACCUCGUCUCUCCGCCACGAGGAAUUCCUCACGUCGAUCGGCGCGACUCACAUCAUUGACCGCACCCUCCCUUCCGACACUAUCCAGGCUGAGGUCACGAAGCUCGCGGGACACAAGCCGGUUGAGUACGUCUACGACUCCAUCUCGAGCGCGGAAACACAGCAGCUCGGGUACGAGGUCCUCGCGCCCGGCGGAGAUCUCCUUCUCGUCAACCCGCAGGCGAUCCCUGCGGAGAAGAAGAAGACAAGCGACAACAAGAAGAUCCUCAACGUUUUCGCAGACGUACAGGCCCCCGAGAACAGGGACGUUGUCGUCGGAAUCUGGAGCCAUAUCACGGAGCUGUUCGCGACGGGAAAGCUUGUGCCUAGUCGUGUCGAGGUGCUUCCCAACGGCCUCGCUGGUAUUCCUGACGGGCUGGUGCGAUUGCAGAAAGAGCAGGUGAGCGGCCAGAAGCUCAUCGCUCAUCCGCAAGAGACACCGUGA